CACUAUCGUACAACUUUGAAUUGACUGUGGACAUGUAAAGCAGGGACAAAGUAAAUUUCCCUCUGCAGAUAGGCUAAAACACAGGAGCACAGAGAGAAGUAAUUGGUGAAAGGAUUAGAGAAAGAUAAGGAAAAAUAUUUUCACACACAGCCUUGUAGCGCUUGAGAACUUGUGACAGGAAAGAGUGGGAGAGGCAGAAAUGUUCAUUUAAAUGGUUCUUCGAUAUAUUACUUGAAGUCGUGACCUGCAGGAUUACGGAUAUAAUACUGGAAGGCUGGAUUAGAAUGACACAAAUCAGCAGGUUUCCUUCUGAAUCAUAAUUUUUCCUUAGUCUGUGGUGAUCCACUUCGUGUUUUUUUUACGUGAUAAGGUGUAAAUAUUUUAAAAUAUAUAUUAUAGCAGCACUUGGGGUGAAGAUGCUUCAUAUUCCAUGAACAUGUUGCAACUCAAAACCGGUUUCAUCCAAUACCAAAGCAUUAUUGUGAUUUUUAUAUAUAAAGAGAAGAAAUUCCUGGCAAUUCUCAGUCGGGAGGCAUCUGAGGAGAUAAAAACAAAUAAUGCUUUAGGUCUGUUCUGAUGAAAGGUCUUCAACCUGAAAGGUUCACUUUUUCUCCCUCCACAGAUGCUGCCUGGACUGCUGAGUAUCUCCAGGUUUUUUCCGUUUUUAUUUCAAAUUCUUGGUUUCUUUGCUUCUUAAUUGUGAUCUCUUAUUAUUGGGAGCUGGUUCAGGGCCAGUUGUACAAGAAACUGAGGCAUAGAUUAACCUAAUUGGUAGAGAUGCAGAAGGGAGCUAAGGUUUGCAUGUUUUCACUCGGUGAUGGAGGGAUAUGGAACCUUACCCGAACAAUGAUGGAGAUAAAGACCCUGAUCAUAUUUUUUUAAUCUUGAUAUGUUGUAGGGAGUUUGGAAUUAGAUUAGUUUAUAUAUUCCUUAGCAACUAGUAGCUGAUUUGAUGGGUUUACAUGGCAUCCUUCAGUUAUAUAAAUCUAUAGAUGCUAUGGCUUUAAGGCAGAUGCAUUUACUUUGGUCACUCGAAUGCUUUGCAAUGAUGCUGAGCUAUUGACUGGUAUCCAGGGCACAACAGCCUUCUCAUUCACUGUUAUGUUUUUUAAUUCCAGGAUGGCUGUGGUCAACCAGAUUUCUGGGAAGCUGUCUGAUGACCAGAAGGCAGCCUUCGUCCAGUGGAUCCUGGCAUCUGGGAGUUAUAGCAGUGUGUCGGCCUGGCCCUUGAUGUUCCUGACCCAUGUCAGUAACCUGCUAGCAUACCUGCCGUUUGAGAGCUUUCAGCUUCUGUCCCGUACACAGAUUCUCACUGCAUUGGAUAUGCUGUUGGCCAAUAAAUUGACAACAGUCCAGGAAAGGUUUCUCAGCCACACCAUCCUAAAAGGGGAUAAAACAAUUGGAACUUCUGACUUUGAGAGGCUGGGCAGAUUGAUUUGUUCUGCAUCGUCCCAGGAUCUGAAACCCUACAAACAGAAUCUUCAAAUGUUUGUUAUUAUCAAGGAACAGCUGCUGAACUGCAUUGGCGAUGAUAUCUUUGUUCCAAAUGAACUGCUUAGAGAUUUUUUGGUCAGAACAAACGGUAUAACGGAUGAAGGACUCUUGGUAACGAAUGAGUUGUCGAGUAUGAUUAGUCUUCUGCCAAUCCUCGGAUUGUCCUUUAUAAAACAGCUUCACCCUGUGCAGAUCCAAUCCAUACUCCCGGAGCUCAGAACAGUAAACCUCUCUUCUGCCCAGGCAAGGGCAAUAAUUGACAAGAUUCUACAGAAUACAUCUAUUACAGAGGAGUUGCUGGACAGUCUGGGCUCCACUGUGGUUGGCCUCAGGCCGAACACACUGCGAGUCAUUCCACCUGCUCUACUCAUGCACAUCUUGCCCAGCAUGGCAGCGAACGAGGGAAAACUGAGUCCUGUUCAGAAACUGGUGGCUGUAAACAAGCUUUGGGAAUCGGACAAUAUAAAUUUCUUCAAAAAACUGGAUUCUCUUACAAAGGACAUUCCUCUAAUAUCUUUGAGGUCAAAGGUGAAGAUAUUAUUAUCCAAUGCCGAUGACUUAUCACAAAUGAAGUGGUCUGUGCAACAGGCUCAGAUGCUCUUUGGGAAAGUUUUGGAAGCAAAUGGCUACAAUAUUACUGAAGAUAUCUUAAGCUCCCUUGGUUUUGUGGCACAAGGUGUAGACUGUGCAACCCUGAAACAACUUUCCAAGCCCAAUAGAUUCCUGAAGCUGCUGCAAUUCUUCCGAGACCUGCCGAUUGAAUUGCCAGUGUCUCUGAGAAGUUGUCUGUUGGAAGUACUGAACAGCUUUAUCCUCACUGUGGAGACUGUGCAGAGUAUGCAACCUCAACUGCUGCUUGACCUCCAACUAUUGAAAAUUAGAAGAUUUCCCAUUAACAUAACACAGCAGUUGCUGCAAGUAAUUGUGAAAAACCCGAUUCCAUUCUUAAAGCUGCCAAGUUCGAAGCAAAGUCUGAUGGUUGACUGGAUUGUACAAGUACUGAAUUUAUACGGCGGAAGAUUUACCAAAGCAGAGUUUGAUCUACUGGGAUUUGCAAUAGCUUUUAUUGCUGAUGAAAUAUUCAUAGCGAUCCCUAGGAUAGAGAUAAAGAGAAACCUGGUGAAGAUGAAAAAUUAUUGUUUUGAUGGACAGAAGAAGUUGCUGCUGGGAGACAUGUUAACUAAAGACACCAUGUUUGGUGACCCUGUUAACUGGACCUCGCUGAUCUUGGACAAAGUGGAUCGCCUGCUUUUCUUUCUUUCCAUUGAGGAUAUACAAAAACUUCCACAGGAUGUUUUGAUCUUGGAGAGGAUUGAGAUGUUGUUUCACAGCCAAAAGCAAUGGGAGGAUAGUGAGUUUGGUUCCACCUGCCAGCAAACAAUGGAAAAAUCUGAUCGUGAUGAUCUAUUCAGAAAGCAACGAAUAUUAUUACAAACUGCAGUUGGCCUUCUCAACACCAGACAGCGGCAGGCCAGGAAUGACCCUGUCUUGACCUGCAGUGUUAUACGCACCACCCUUCCCUCUGCAUGGACCAUUGAUUUGUUGACUGGCAUGGCGGCCGAUGAUUUCACCAACUGUUUGGAGAUGAUUGGCCAAGACCCAAACUUUCAACCAUUCGAACUGUUUCAACUGCUGGAGAGGGUGAAGCAGAUCUACAGGCUUGUAUCAGCGAUACCACCCCGGGUGAUCGAGCAGCUUGGACGAAUAGCAACCGAGUUCUCAGAAAAGGAUUUGGCGAGGCUGGACCUGUCGGAUCUGGGUGCAGUGGCAGCCCUGGGGAAAACUGCAGAGUGGACCAACAGGAAGCUCACUGUAUUGUUUACAACCUUCCUUCGUGUGAACAGACUCAGUGUGGAGGAGCUGGAUUCAGUCAGUCUGGUUGCUCUAGGCCACAUCAUCUGUGGCAUCAAACUGGCUGACAUAGCUGCAAUAAACCCAGUGGAAUUCAGCAUGGCAGUUCUAUGGAUUGGGAGCCUGAGACUGUCGUGUGAAGAGUCCCAGCUUCACGGCCUGGUCAAGCUCGUCACUCGCACAGAGACGUUCGGAGACGUCAGUCAGUGGCGAGCUGAAGAGUUCAUUGAAAUCGGUUCCAUUGCAUCUGGUCUUCCAGAUAUGGUUCUCUCAUCACUGGUCAAGGAACAAGUUGAAGGACUCAGCCCUAUUGCUAUUGCAACUCUGCCGCCAAAGAAACUCUCAGUUGUAUUUAGUCCUGCGCAGAUUCGCAUGUUUAAUUAUCAGCAGGCGGUGGCUGUGACUCCCGCCCAGUUGAAGGAACUCGGUGAUGUGCAGAAGAAAGCUUUGGACAUGGUCCUCACAUCGUGGCACAGAACAGCAAUUGACAUAAGAGGAAGAUCAUCUGGAAGAAAUCUGUGUGCGAGCUUGAAUGGAGUACUGUUGUGUCUGAUUUGUAGUCUUUUACAUACAAGACAAGAAGCUCGUCUGUAACAAUUAAAAUAUACAUUUAUCUUGUGUUGCCCUAUAUUUGUAUGUACCUUUGUCCAGCUUUGCAUUCACGUGUGGAGCUGACUGCAGAAUUCCAUGUUUGAGAGAUUUUGUACUUGUGAUUCAGACUUUCUCAUUUUUGUUUGCUGAGCUUAGCUCUUUUUUGUUUUACUGAAAUUGUGUGGUUAAAUAAAGAAUUGAUUUUUGCUUUGGAUUAAUUUAACUGUCUCACAAGCAGUUGAUUUUCUGUUGUAAGGUCUGUAUCUCUCUCCACAGAUGCUGUCUGAUCUGCUGAGUGCUCCCAGCAUUUCCUGUUUUAAUUUCAGAUUUCUAGCAUAUGCGUUUUAAAUUUGAUUUUUAACUGUUAUGUAACUGAGAUCUGAGAAAAUAAUCCAAGUUUGUCCAACCACUCCAUACAGCUCAUACUCUAGCAACAUACUGGUGAAUCUAUUCUGCACCCUCUCCAAAACCUUCAUAUCCUUCCUGUAAUGCUCCAAACUUUUAUAUUCAAAGCCUUGACCAAAGAAGGUAAUUUUACAAAUGCCCUCUUCCCCACUCUAUAUAUUUGUGUUGUCACAUCAAAAUAUAUGGAUUUGUAUUCCAAGAUCCCUUUGUAUAUUAGUGCUCCUGAGGGUCCUCCCAAUUAUUGUAUACUAUAUUUGACCUCUCAAAG